AUGGAAAAAGCGUUUCAAGCCCAUGCCUGCAUGGAGAAGGCGGGUUUGUUGGCAGAUGUUUGCACCUAUGGAGUAUUGAAACAUGGUUUGUGCAGUAAAGGAAAUAUGAAGGAAGCUUCAAAGCUAUUUACAUCAAUGCAUGAGAUGAAUUUGGAGCCAAAUGAUGUAAUCUACAAUAUGAUGAUUUAUGGAUACUACAACGAGGGUAGCUCCUACAGAGCCCUUAGGCUGCUCAAAGAAAUGAGAGAGAAUGGAAUGGUUCCAAAUGUGGCUAGCUAUAGUUUGACCGUCAGACUUCUUUGCAAGGAAGGGAAGUUGAAUGAGGGUGAUAUUCUUCUCAACUAUAUGAUAAAGUCUGGUUUAGAACCAUCAAUUUCUAUUUUUAAUGAGAUAUGUAAAGCCAAAUCCAUUGAUACAUAG